UUUCUCGGAUAUACAUGAUAGAAACUGCUCAUGAUAAAUUAUAUUUAUCACAAGCAGGGUAAAACAGCCUAAUCUUAUUUAUAAAAUUUUAUUUAUAAUUAUUUAAAAGUUUUCAUGGUGAAUUGUCUUAUGCAUAUCUAACAUGCCUCCUUUUAUUGAAUUCAUUGCAUAUGACUGGUUGCAUUCUUGGCAAGAAAUUUCAUGUACAGAGAGAGGAGAGAGAGAAGAAAGGAUGAUGGGAGGGAUCAAACUGAAGGGGAGAGAGAGUGUGAGGAUACAUUAUUUUCCUUCAUAUAAUAUUUUCCAUGGAAUUCUAACUUAUAACGACAGAAUGGGAGAUGACAAAGGUUGUGUACUUGAGAUUCAUUGGGAAGGUCAUUAAUGUAUACGAGGAAACUCGAGGGCUGAGAUCACUGCCCUGAGGCACCUUAUGAUGUAAUAAUAUUGGUAGAAUUACCAACAAUAUGUUAGGUAAAUGGGCACAAUUGCAACAAAUGUGACAUUUUUUCCAUUAGUUGCACCUGUAUCUUUUUAUUUAACACCCUGAUGUCGAAUUUAUGAGGUUAUGUCAUUGAUGGAGACAUAUUUGUGUCUGCUGUUAAGACAGGACAUUGUGAUGCAAAUGAUGAAUCAUGACUACUGUGAUCCUACAGAAUGCUGGUGUAUUUAUAGUAUUAAAGAAUUCUAAUUAAGAUUAUUUCAAAUCACAGCAGGAACAAGAGCAAAAUUAAUAACCCUUGCAACAGCAACAGAAAGAGCAACUUAAAAACCUAUAAUUCCCACAAGCACAACAAGGUCACCAAUUAGCUUCUACAACACUAGCAGCAUUAACAUCAUCUACAACCACUGCAACUAUUAAACCAUUAUGUCGCUACGUGCACUACCUCUACAGUUCCUUAACUUGGGAGGGGAGAUGAUGUAUAUUAUUGACCAGAGACUUCGUGCACAAAAUAUCGUGCCUGAUCGAGCUGCUAAAGUACGUAAUGACAUCAUUAGCAUUAUGCUGAACCGUCGCUUUGUGGAUGAGCUGUUUAAGCCACAAGAGCUGUACAGCCGACGAGCUCUUCGUACUGUUUUUGACAAGCUGGCUCAUGCCUCUAUCAUGCGCCUCAAUACCCCAAGCAUGGACAAGCUGUAUGAUCUGAUGGUGAUGUCUGUGAAGCAGCAGGUACUGCUCUGUCGGCAGCCUGGGGACCUCCUGCUUGUUACGCUCAACCACCUCGAUGCCCUCAGAAGCUUUGCCACUGCACCAACAGUCUUGUCUCAAGUUGAGUCUACGCUUGACUUAUUUAGACAGGUAAUUAGCUCAAUUUUAACCACAUACUUUACAUAAAAAAAUAUUUAAGAUUUAAAAUAAAAAUGCAAGGUUUUACAUAAUUUACAAGUACACCUACCAUCCGACUUACGACCGAGUUCGGUUCCGAGAAACCAAUCGUAAGUCGAAAUGGUCCUAAGUCAAACUUUACUACUGAAUAUCAGCAUAACGUUUUUGUAAUGACUUUAUUUUAUUGUUUUAUUUUGGUAUUUCAUGUUUUUCUUUACUUUUUAUGCUGUUAGUACUGUAUUUUAUACUGUAAGGUUUAGGAUAAAUACUGUGUACAACACAAACACUUGUUUAUUUCCCAGAAAUUUGGCAUAAAAAACAUGGUCGUAAGUCGAGUCGUCGUAAGUCGAGCAGGUCGUAAGUCGGAUGGUAGGUGUACGUACUAUGGAGCAGGUAUUCAUUGUACUGGUGCACUUUAUAUAUUCAGCAUAUUAUUAUUAUUAUCAAAAAGAAGCGCUAAGCCACCAGGGCUAUACAGUGCUGCAGGGUAGGGAAGGAAGCGAGGG